AUGGCAUCCUUAACCACCUCCAGCUUACAUUACCUCACAAGCCUCGCAACUGAAACCGGCGAUGUCGCGACGUCAACCACCCAAGCAAGCGGCCCAUCCUACACUGGAGACCCCGUCUCCUACGAUGACGGUUACUACCGGAGCAACACUCCCAUGGUAUACCCCUUCACCACCUCCUCCUUCCCCUUGGCCCUAACCACAGCAAUCCUCUUUUUGAUCCUCACCAUCCUGCACGCGUACCUUUGCUUCAAGAAGAAGACUGUCUUUUUCGCCAUCACGAUCUACGCCUCCCUCGCAAUGGCAACCUCCCAAACAAUGAAAUGCUACCUCGUCCAACUCCAAACCAUCAUCUUGCACUCCACCAACCUCUCCUCCUCUACCAUCAACCAGCUGGAACGUGCCGACGUCGUGCUUGUUGUGAUGGACCUCUUGGAGGCGAUUCCCGCGUCUGCGAUGGGGUUCUUGCUCAUGAUGACGUAUACCAGGUUGACGUGGUUUAUCAUCCCCAAAUCGGGGAGGAAGAACGGGAGGGUUUUUGGCUUGCCGGCGAGGUGGCAGACGAGCUUGCUGGCGUUGGGGCAGAUGGUGGGGGAUGGGUUGGUCGGGGUGGGUCACUACUAUGGGCUGGGGUAUUUGCAGAGUCUUGGAGGGGUGGUGGGAUUGAUGACAUGGGGGGUGUUGGGGGGUUUGGUGGUUAGGGCGGGGAGGGUGGAGGUGAGGGAGGAGGUGAAGGAGGUGAAGAGGUUCGUUUGGGCGGUUGGGGGGGCGGUUGGGUUGCUGAUUGGGUGUGCCACCGCGAGAAUCAUCAGACGGGAGGCGGUGGCGUAUUUUUUGGCUGAGGCCCCGUGGUGGUCGAGUGAGUAUGGGGUGUCAGAGACGUUCGCCAUGUCGGAGUGGCCGGUGUAUGUGUUUCAGCAUUUGCCGAUUUUGUUGAUCUUGGUGCUUAUGGCGGUUUACCACCCGGGAGCCUACCUUCCCAGGCGGUUGACUGGUUGGAGGCUCAACACCAAGAAGCUGUUGAGAGAGGAAAGGAUGAGAGAGGACGUGGAGAACUUGAAGGUGUUGGCGAGGAAAGAUUCAAAGGCGUUGUCUGUACAGGGGAGUGAGCUGGAUUGCUUUGAGAGGGUUGACCUUGACAAGGAGACCAAGUAA